AUGCCACCAAAGCGAGCAUGCGAUAUCUGCUAUCGUAGGAAGAUCCAAUGUCUUAUCCCUGCAGAGGGCCCUCCGUGCGACUGGUGCAGCCAUCAUGAUUCCGAAUGCACCUUUCACCGUGAUGCGCCACGAAGGAAGAAGAAAACCAAGGUAACGUUGGGCGACGUCCAAGGCCUCAACGAUCGCAUACAGCAGCUCGAAGAUGCGCUAGCCAAGGCAAAUUCGCAGCAACCAACUCAGCCAGACACCCCUAGUCGAGGCCAACCAACUCCAGCGAUAUCCGUAUCCGAGGAGACUUCGAACUCGCUAUCUGUUCAAAAUGGCUCCCGGCCCGGCAGCUAUGUCGGCCCCAACUGGUUCUUCAGAGGCAUCCACGCAUUCUCCGAAGACGGGCGCAGAUGGAUUUCCUCCAAGACUGGUCAAACCAUCGAUUGGAGUAAACUUCAGAUAUUCACACCAAAGCCAUCACCUUUCGCGAGGAGACAUGCGCAACUUUCGCCAGAUCUUUGCCAACUUCCAGAUCAGGCUUCUUUAAGAGAGCUUUUGUCUUCGUACUUCAUGUCAUCUUUCCGCUUAAGAUACCCACUCAUUGACAAAGUUCUCUUCGAAGAGACAAUCAACGAGGCUUAUGAAGAUCCCGACAAUAUUUCACCUUCACCGAUUUGUCUGGCUGCCCGGGCCUGCGUCUUCGGUGUCGUCAGUCUCAUUACAUUACUACCCGACGCUCAGUCUGGUUCUUCAGGGCUAGACGGCGAUGAGAGCGCAGCCAGAGCCAGCUAUCUUCUCAAUCAACUUGUCGGAUAUGUAAGCCUCACAACGUUGCAAACAACCCUGUUACUGCAUGUGCAACGUCUCUUGAGCGGUCAUUGGCAAGACGCCGAUUCGCUACUGCCAGGAGCCUGCCGUACAGUCGGUGCACUCGGUGGGCACCUUUAUCAGCCCUCGAAGGCCCCUACAGGAGAGAUCCCGCUGUCCGAGAGAAGAAAACGGCAUAUUAGAAAUCUCUUCUGGGUUUGCUACAUGUCGGAUAAAGACUUGUCCCUACGGACAGGACAACCUCCACUACUUGCUGACAUCUACUGUGAUCUCACCGUCCCAGAAAAUUACCUGAGCUCUUAUACCUAUCUACGUGGUCUCAAUGAGUAUCUCCACCAUCUAGAUGCAUCCAAUGAUGACCAUCUCACACCACACUUCUCGGGAGACGCUCAAUUAGGGUAUCUCAAAGAGAAAGUAUAUCGGCUACUUUACUCAGUACAGGCCCUGAGGGACAAAGACAAUCGACUCUUGAUUUCAAUCCGAGAACUAGAUGACGAGAUUGAACGCUGGCGUCUGUCAGUUCCGGUGGACUUCCGGCCAGCUCUCUCAGUCUCGUCAACUACUCUUCUAAUCACGCCUGAAACAAAACCGCCUCAUGCACGACGAUAUUUUCACCUUCUUCUAGAGUAUUGGUACCUGAUGAUCUACGUUCAUACUACAGUCAGACGAUAUGAUGCACAUACGAUAAUCGGCGACGGGGGGCAAGAUCUUCACCGGGUCAUUCACUCGAGCUAUGACUUAUCAAUGGAAGCCGGCAGAUCGACGCUUCGAUGCCUGCGAGUGUGUAUGAAUACCUUCUCUAAUGAAGGCUUCUGGCUUUUGAUGUUUUACGCCACCAAUGCAGCCAUUGCUCUGUUUCUCAACAUGAUCAUACACCCAGAAGAUGCGGACGGCCAGCUCGAUCUCGAGCUUCUAAUUUCGGCCGCCAACGCAAUCCGUGUAGCAAUCCCGCGGGCCUCAACACGUGAAGAAAGUACGCGCAUUCAAAGAACGUCCGACUUCAUCAUGUGGCUCAUGUGGCUCGGAUCAUGUGCCAUCACCAAGUCGCAGGAAGAGGGAUUACAACAUGAGCUGUAA